AUGGUCCUUCUUGUCAUCACUCCAGCGAUAGCUUCCGCCCUCGAUGGCAUCCCAGCGUCAACUCGCGACGAGCUAUCCCUACCCACUCCCACCAGCUGCUCUGCUAUAUCACAUACGCAGCUUGUUACUCUAUCCAGACAUCUUGUGUCCAAUCCGAGAUUCAUAGAGAAAGGAGAAGGGGAUGCCAAUAGAUAUGGGGGGUCCACUCUCAACUCCCUCCUGAAGGGCACCAGAGUUUACGUUCCCCCUCCUCCACCGAAACCAGAACCUACACCCGAAUACCUCGCCCUGAAAGCCUCCCUUCUCGCCGAAGCCGAAGCAAACAGAUACAAUGCCCUCCUCCACUCAACUUCUACCCACCCCUCCCCCUCUCGACUUUGGGCCCUCAACGACAACCAAAACGACCCCCUCACCCCUUCUCUCGUCCUCAACAUCCUCGUCUCAAUCCUCUUCACGGGCUUCGCAAGCUACUGGGGCCUAUCCAACUACCGCAUCCCGACCUUCCUGACAUUUACAUCGUCGCCGUCACCGUCGAAUCCUGGCGCUGUAUCCUCGCAGCCUGCACGGGUGUUCAUUUCACUGCUUGUUGCACUGGUGGUGGGCGUGGCGGAGGUGGGUGUUUAUGCGCUUUAUCUAAAGAAGGUGGAGUUGGCCAGGAGGAAGGAGAGGGCGAUUGUUGAGAGGAAAGUGGUGGUUGGGGAGGUUGGGGUUGGUGAUGGUGAUGGGAAUAGGGGCGGUAACGGGGAUGACGGUGGAGUCAGGAUUGAUGGGAAAGGGGAGAAGGAGGAGAUUUGGGGUAGGGGAGUGAAUGGUGGGGUGAGGAGGAGGGUUCAGGAGCGGUGGAAAGGGAGGGAUGUGGAUAUGGAAGGGUAG